UCCCCCUGUUGCAGCAGCAGCUCUUGCAGCAUCCACAGCUUCUCUGGAAACACUUUUAAAACCUAAACCUUCUGCUGACAGUCAUUUAGAGGGCAUGUAGCAGCUGUCUGGCUGCAGUUUCGACGCAAGGUUUUUUUUGUGUGUGUGUGCAUCAAACGAGUUGCGUGCUCCAUUCAUCAUCGCGCGGGUAACCUACAGGCUGCAGCAGUUGCAUGCCACCAGCCAGAUGUGCCCCAGCUUUGGAAAAACUGACUUGAUGUGACCCCCUGGGACUUCCUUGUUGGACAUCAUGGGAUGUGGCACCUCUGUUGCUAUGGAGACACAAGAGAAAAAAGUGGAGACAGAUGACACAGUGAAGUCUCCCAGCCCAGCUCUGACUAUGAAGGCAGCUGUUCUGAUCCAGCGAUGGUACCGGCGCUACAUGGCCCGUCUGGAGAUGAGGCGCAGGUACACCUGGAACAUCUUUCAGUCCAUUGAAUAUGCCGGGGAACAGGACCAGCUACAGCUCUCCAGUUUCUUCAGCUUCAUGCUCGACAACUUCACACAGCUGAAUGGAAAUGGACCAGACUUGAUCUCCCAGCUGCUGGACCCGGUGGUGGACCCCUGGUUAGACAGAGAGACCUGCUACAACUUGAUCCCUGUUGCAGAGUCGUACACCGGGCCCCGACUGUCAUUCCCCCUCUCUGUCUCUGAUACGAAUGCUCUCCUCAGUGCAUUUAAGGAGCAGCAGACUCUACAUGCCAGAUAUGUUCUGCAGCUGCUGUACGAGACCAAGAAGCUCCUCAAACAGAUGCCCAACAUCAUCCACCUGUCUACAUCCUACACCAAAGAGAUCACUAUAUGUGGUGAUCUGCACGGGCGGCUUGAUGACUUACUUCUUAUAUUUUAUAAGAAUGGCCUUCCCUCUGCGGAGACGCCUUAUGUGUUCAAUGGGGACUUUGUGGACCGUGGGAAAAAGUCCGUAGAAGUAGUCGUCCUCCUGUUCGCCUACCAGCUGCUUUACCCCGAUUACAUGCACCUGAACCGAGGCAACCAUGAAGACCACAUCAUGAACCUCCGGUAUGGGUUCACAAAAGAAGUCAUGCAGAAAUACAAGACUCAUGGACGAGAGAUCCUCCAGCUGUUUCAGGAUGUUUUCAGCCUUUUGCCUGUCGCAACCGUCAUUGAUGGAAAGAUCCUAAUUGUUCAUGGAGGGAUAUCAGACCAGACUGACCUGGACUUCCUCAGCUCCAUAGAGAGGCACAAGGUGAAAUCUGCCCUGAGGUUUCCCAGGUGUAGUUUGGAGCAGCUGGACAUCAGUCAGUCCUGCAGACAGAUGAAAAGAAUGAAAUCCACAGCCAGCUCUCGUCCCAGCAGCAGUCGCAGCUACAACAAGAACCAAAGAACCCCGAACCACAAAAAGAUGCGAUGUGGACACAGCCGACAAGACAGCGCCGCCUCCACUUCUUCCUCCUCCUCCUCAUCAUCCUCGUCCUCUUCGCUCUGCUCUCCUCGAACUCCAUCGUGCCUCUCUCCUCGUCCGUGCCCGUCUUCUCCCUGCACGCCUUACAAUAUCAAUGUCCUCCAAGUGCCUUUCCUGGACUCUCUGUCCUCUGUCCCCCCUCCUUCACCUCCACAACAGGAUCAGGAUUGGAAACAGAUAGUGGAUAUAUUGUGGAGUGACCCUAAAACCCAAGAAGGCUGCAGUCCCAACACAUUCAGAGGAGGAGGCUGCUACUUCGGCCCUGACGUCACACAGAGACUGCUGCUCCAACACGGACUCCAACUGCUCAUCAGAUCCCAUGAGUGCAAACAGGAGGGAUAUGAGCUCUGUCAUGAUGGACAGGUGAUCACCAUUUUCUCAGCAUCAAACUAUUAUGAGGAGGGAAGUAACCGUGGUGCCUACAUCAAAGUAGGCCGAGAGCUGGUUCCCCGCUUCUACCAGUAUCAAGUCAGCCGCACAACACGCAAACUCACCCUGACACAGAGAGUACGAGUUGCUGAAGGCUCUGCCCUCAAGGCCCUGAAGGAGAAGCUGUUCUCCCAUCGCUCUGAGCUGCUGUUGGGCCUCCAGCAGUACGACCAGAAUAACACAGGUACUGUUUCAGUUUGUGAAUGGGCUCAGGUGCUGGAGUCUGUACUGAGACUUGAUCUGCCCUGGAGGACACUUCGUCCACACUUAGCCCGUCUGGCACCAGAUGGCAGUGUGGAGUAUCAGUCCAGCUUUGAGGACAUGGAACCAGGGCUUCCUCUGCCUCAGGUGACUCCAAACUUGGCUGAAACUCUGUUCAGAUACAGGACAGACAUUGAGAUUAUAUUCAACAUUAUAGACAAAGACCAUUCAGGUCUGAUCUCCAUCGAGGAGUUUCGUCACACCUGGCGGCUCUUCAGCGCCCACCUGGGAGUCGAUAUUGACGACAGUGCCAUCGAUGACCUAGCUCGAAGUAUCGACUUCAACAAAGACGGCAGUAUAGACUUCACAGAGUUCCUGGAGGCCUUCAGAGUGGUACACAAACUGGACAACAAGGAUCACCAACUUAAUGGAAGGGUGGAUAGAGAAAAGUGUUUGUGAAUAAGAGUCUGACUACUGCAGUAUCGAAGUGCUGUAUGAUCAGCAGAGAAACUAACAGUGAACAGAAAGUAGGACAGCAGGGAAAAGAUAAAAUAUUUUAGUAUUUAUUAACACUUGAACAUUAAAACUAGAAGUUAUUAUUGUUGCAUUUUGUCAUUUGUGCAUUUUAGCCACGCUAUAGCAGGGUGGCUCUAGGGACGGUAAUGUCAGUCUCUGGGUUACUUCAGUCCACCACCUUUGGUUUCAAAGUGAAAAUAUUCUUCACAAAUAUUGGAUGGCUAACCAGAAACUUUAUACAGACAUUCAUGGUCCACAGAGGAUAAGUUUGUAAGACUUUGGUGAUCCAUUGACUUUUCAUCUAGCACCACCAGCAGGCCAGAGAUCUCAGUGCAGCGAAACCUCUCCACAUCAAUCAAGUGGAUAGGCAUGCAUUUUAAGAUAUUAUGGUCUCCAGAUGAUGGAUCCUAAUGACUUCAGGGACUGACGUUCCCUCCAGUGCCACCAGCAGGCUGAGAUUUUUGAGCAUUUUGGUGUGAAAUGGCUCAAUAAAAGUUUAAAAGGAUUGGUGUGACAUUUGGUAUUAUCUAGAAUGAUUAUGUUAAAGGGAAUGCACCCGAUUAUUUUCCCAGAUAAUGCUACAUUGUGAACAAUCCUCAAAGGAGUGGCAUCUGUGACUUAUUUCUUAUGUCACAGACACCACUGAGAGCAAAACUUGUGUUUUGGACAUUAUCAUCAUACUAUCGUUGAUGUGUCGAUGUUUUUGUAAUAGUGCUCUGCCCUUAUCUGACACCUGCCUGCCUGCUGUAAUCCCAGGCUGUCCUAAGUUCUGUGCCACCGUUGCCUGGCUAAAAGGUGGCGGUGUCGGCGGCACAGUAUGGCACAGCACAGAGGGAGGCCACUGGGGACCACCAGUGGACAAUAACCUUAUAUUUUAAUGCUUGUGUGCCGUCAACAGCCGUGGUCAGAGGUCGGUCGUCUUUCCAUCUGUCUGUCCCUCCCAUUCUCAUGAAUGCUCAAGAACUCCUUGAAGAAAUUUCCUCAAAUUUUUGGCAUAAAUGUGCACUUGGACUCAAGAAUGAACUGAUUAGAAUUUGGCGGUCAAAGUUCAAGUUCACUGUGACCUCACAAAAAAUAUUUUUGGCCAUAACUGUCUGUGGAUUAUCUUGAGUAAACAGGUCAUGAAUUCUGGAAAGAGACUGUUGUUGCUGUUGACUUUUUCCAAAUGUUUUUUUUUU